AUAGGUAAGACUGCCAUGUUUCAGAUUUCGAAAGAGUUCCCUAAAACCCUUUCUCUUCGAUCCUCCAUCAAAGUUUCACGAAUCUGCUUCACCGUCGCCGCCGCCGCCAAACGCCCUGAGGGAAGAGAUCAUGCAUAUGAAAGUAGGAACCCGAAAGCUGAGUUUUCUUACAGGGUGGAUGAUACCUCGUCCGAUGAGGAUGCCACCGAUGAAGCCAUGGAAAGAACCAAAGAUUACGCACACGACGCCAAGGAGAAGACAAAAGAAACUGCCGGGAAGGCGGCGGAUAAAGCGAAAGAAAUGACGGACAGAGCGGCGGAGACUGCCCGAAGUGCCAACGAGAAAACGAGACAGAAAGCUAGUGAGUACGCGCAGGAUACAAAGGAGACUGCCCAAUGCACGAAAGAUAAGGCCAAAGAAGGCACCGAGAAGGCUUCUCAAACUGCGUACGAAUGGAAAGAGAAAUCUAAGGAGGGAGCACAGGGUGUGAUGGAGAAGACCGAGGAGGUUGCUGGUUCCGUGGCUGAUAAGGCUAAGCAAACGGCCCAAGGAGCUUGGGACGCCGCCAAGGGGACGGGUCAGAAGAUAAAGGACACGGUGGUCGAGAACAACGAGGAGGGGAAGAUGGAUGAAGAUGUUGUGGAUUUCAGGAGGCGUGUUGAGAGACGAGGUGAUGAGAGGAAGUAUUGAAAUGGAGUUCGAUGU